ACACGUACUCUCUCAACGGCUCGUGCUUGCAGCUGACUCGGAGAUCCACUCGCGCUGAGCAUUGAAGAGCAUCAUGUGAUCAUUGAAAAAAUACCGCGUCGCGUGUGUCGCGCCCCGAGAUCCAGGUCGACUCUGCAAGCUGCAGGAAACACUACUGUCCCCCCGAGCGCGAGGACCUGCAGACCGAGUCAGGACCCUCUUGCAGCUUGGCCUUGAGCACUGGUGACUCUUGUAUAUCCUUCCUUGUUUUCCACUCCGCGGUCGGUGCAGGGUGUUAAAGAGUCAUCGAGUCCCAACUACUGAAGCCGUAGGGCUUUACGGUGCAGUUGAGGAGGCAACUCGAGAUCGAUAGUGACUCGUCUAUCUGAUUCAAGAAGCCACCAUUCUUUCCCUCAUCGGUGUUUUCAAGCGCCCCUGUAAUAUAAUCCGUAACCGCAGAAUGGCCAGCACCAUCGAGCUCGGGCAGACGGCCAAGCGCGACUUCAUCAUCGGCCUCGAGAAAAAGUAUCAGCAACGAUGGGCGGAAGAGCGCGUCUUCGAGGUCGACCCACCGACUCCUGAAGAGACCGCUCAGCUGUCCCCCACCGAAAUACGAGAAAAGUUCCCCAAGUGGUUCGGCAACUUCCCCUACCCGUACAUGAACGGAUCCCUUCACCUCGGCCAUGCCUUCACCAUCUCCAAGAUCGAGUUCUCUGCCGGAUUCGAGCGGAUGUUGGGCAAGCGCGCGCUGUUCCCUCAUGGUUUCCACUGCACGGGAAUGCCGAUCAAGGCGGCUUCCGACAAGAUCAUUCGCGAGAUGGAGAUGUUUGGCGAAGAUUUCGAAAAGUUUGCGCCAGAAGCGGAACCCGAAGCGCCCACCGCCUCGUCGCAGGCUGGUCCUGGAGAGUCCAAGCCCGUUGACAAAGCUAAGAAGGGGAAGGUUGCGGCGAAGGCUACCGGACACACGUACCAGUUCCAGAUCAUGGAGGCCAUCGGUGUACCGCGCCAGGAAAUCAAGAAGUUCGCAGACCCUUACUAUUGGCUGACUUACUUCCCACCCAUCGCGAAGGAAGACCACGCCGCUUUUGGGUCUCGAAUCGACUGGCGAAGAUCGUUCAUCACGACAGACGUGAACCCCUACUACGACUCGUUCGUGAGGUGGCAGAUGAACAAACUGCACAAGAUGGGCAAGAUCAAGUUUGGGGAACGAUACACUAUCUACAGCCCGAAGGACGGUCAGCCAUGCAUGGACCACGACCGGUCGGACGGCGAGGGCGUCGGUCCGCAGGAGUACACCGCGAUCAAGAUGGAGGUCGUAGACUGGAGUCCGGCCGCGAAAGCCGACAUCGAGGGCAAGGUCGGCGGACGGAAGGUGUACUUGGUGGCGGCGACUCUGCGGCCCGAGACAAUGUAUGGUCAGACGAACUGCUUCGUCGGCACGGCCAUCAAGUACGGGGUGUUCGCCGCGAACGACAAGGAGGCGUACGUGACCACCUACCGAGCGGCGAGGAACAUGGCCUUCCAGGGCGUCUUCUCGCAGAAUGGCAAGGUCGAGCAGCUGCUGGAGAUCGACGGUGCCAAGAUUGUCGGCACCAAGAUCAAGGCGCCUUUCGCCGUACACCCCGAGGUUUACGUCUUGCCCAUGGAGAAUGUCCUCCCGACCAAGGGCACCGGUGUCGUGACCUCCGUCCCUUCGGACUCGCCUGAUGACUAUGCGACCCUGAUGGACCUCCGCAAGAAGGCUGAAUUCUACAAAAUUGAUCCUUCAUGGGCAGCGAUCGACCCAGUGCCCGUGCUUUCCACGCCGACGUAUGGUGAACUCACUGCGCCAGCGCUGGUGAAGCAGCUGAAGAUUCAAUCCCAGAAGGACGUCAAGCAGCUAGCUGAAGCCAAGGAGAUCGCGUACAAGGAGGGCUUCUACAGCGGAACGAUGCUCGUAGGAGAGUUCAAGGGCCUUUCCGUUCAGGACGCCAAGCCGAAGGUGCGGGAGAGCAUGAUCGCCCAGGGACUCGCGUUUGCGUACGCGGAGCCCGAGGGUUUGGUCAUUUCCCGAAGUGCAGACGAGUGUGUUGUCGCCCUAAUGGACCAGUGGUAUCUGGAUUAUGGAGAGACCGAAUGGCGGAAGCAAGCCGAGAAGUUGGUUGCUCGUAUGGAGCUGUACAACAACGAGACGAGGAACGCGUUCGAGGGUAUACUGGCAUGGCUGAACCAAUGGGCAUGCGCUCGCACCUACGGACUUGGUUCCAAGCUACCCUGGGAUCCCCAGUUCUUGGUGGAGUCUUUGAGCGACUCAACCAUCUACAUGUCCUACUACACGGUCGCUCAUCUUUUGCAAGGCGGUGUGAUUGACGGUAGCAAGCCGGGACCGUUGGGUGUCACUGCAGAUCAAAUGACGGACGAAGUUUGGGAGUACAUUUUCGCUAAGGGCCCCUGGCCAGAAUCCGCUCCCCUGCCCAAAGAGAAGGCGGACCGCAUGAAAUACGAGUUCGAGUACUUUUAUCCCUUCGAGAUCCGCUCGUCCGGCAAGGACCUCAUCGGCAACCACUUGACUUUCGCCGUCUACUGCCACGCCGCGAUCUUCCCGGAGGAGUACUGGCCGCGGAGCAUGCGGGCGAACGGCCACUUGAUGCUCAACGGCAAGAAGAUGAGCAAGAGCACGGGCAACUCGUUGACCAUGCGCGAGUCCGUCGAGAAAUUCGGUGCGGAUGCAACGAGGUUGUCGUUGGCCGACGCUGGCGAUGGUAUCGAGGAUGCCAACUUCGAGGAGAAGACCGCGAACGCGAACAUCCUGCGUCUGCAUACGCUCAUCAACUGGUGUGAGGAGAUCCUCCAGGACAAGUCUCUUCGCAGUGGACCGCGGAACUACCACGAUUGCGUCUUUGAGGAAGAAGUCAAGGAUUUGAUCAACAUCACCAAGGAACACUACGCCGAGAUGCACUACAAGGAUGCGGUCAAGUAUGGCUUCUACGAACUCCAAUCGGCUCGCGACUGGUACCGAGAAGUUACUGCCGACGUUGGCAUGCAUGCGGAGCUCGUGGAGUACUGGGUUCGCAGUGCCGCCCUGCUCAUCGCGCCCGUCGCACCGCACUUCGCCGAGCACAUAUGGAGCACGGUCUUGAAGGAGCCCAAGUCGGUGCAGUUCGCGCUUUGGCCGACUCCAUCCACGGACGUGGAGCGCAGCGUCGUCGAGGCUGGCGCCUACAUGCGUGGCACCGUCAAGAUGGUCCGCGACGCGGAGCUGAACGUGCUGAAGAAAAUGAACAAGGCGAAGGGCGGGCCGCCACCUUUCGACCCGAAGAAGCCGCGGUCCGUGCGGGUGUACGUCGCGUCGUCAUUCCCCGAAUGGCAGGAACAGUGCGUGCAGGCCAUCAAGGAUGCCUACGCGCCGGAGGCGGAUAAGGUGGACGACGCCAAAGUUCGGGAGAUCUUGACCAAGCAAGGUCUCAUCAAGAACAAGAUGGCGAUGCCGUUCGUUCAAGCAUUUAAGAAACGUAUGGCUCAGUUGGGUGCUAAGACCGCCUUCCAGCGCUCGCUUCUGUUCUCGGAGAUCGAAGUGCUGAAGGAGAUCCUGCCGUAUCUGAAGAAGUCGCUCAAUCUGGUGGACGUAGAGGUGCUGUCGGUGGAAGAGGCCCUUCAACACGCUGGGGAACCUGGCUUCAACAGAGCUAUCAUCGAGGCCUCUGAGCCCGGCGCACCGGCUUUUGAGUUCCGCAAUGUGUAGAAUUGUGCAAUAGAUUAUCGCAAUAGCUCCAUGUACGCUUGGUUGGGCAUUAGUUUAGGGGCUUCGAUGACGUUUGAUGUAAACGCGCGAACACUGCCAUCUAUACGUUCAAGACCACCCCGUCUCAUACCUUUCCUUGACCUUGAUCGCGACUCCAUCACCCAUCAUUCUCUUCGUGUAUUACAUCCUCAACCUCAGCGCUCCUUGAACCAUGACCGACACGCCCCACGAAGAGGCCGAAGCUGUUCCGCCCGCGCAGCGCAGCAGCUGGACCUCGUUCCUCAAAUCAAUCGCGUCCUUCUCCGGAGACCUCUCGUCCUUGACCGCCCCGCCCUUCAUCCUCUCCCCCGUUUCGUUGACCGAGUUCCCAGCCUACUGGUGUGAACGCCCCGAGCUGUUUUCAGCCAUUGCCGAUGGAAAGAAUGGUGAAGAACGGGCUAUCGCGGUCCUGCGGUGGUUCAUCUCAACGCUGAAGGGACAAUACACGUCCAGGAACGAGUCCAUGGGGUCGGAAAAGAAACCGCUCAACCCUGUCCUUGGAGAGUUGUUCUACGGAUAUUGGCCGGACAAGCACGGCCGGGGUCAGACAAAUUUGGUCGUUGAGCAGGUGUCACACCAUCCGCCUAUCACGGCCUACUACAUCGAGAACCCCAGCAAGGGCAUCUCACUCCAGGGCCACAGUGCACAGAAGACCAGCUUCUCUGGAGGCAACAUCAUCGUGAGGCAGGUCGGACAUGCUGUGUUGACUCUGAACCUACCCGACGGAAACAAGGAGGAGUACCUCAUCACCCUGCCGAAGCUUCGAAUCGAAGGUCUAUGGUACGGCUCGCCUUACAUCGAACUCGCCGAAACGUCGUACAUUUCCGGUUCGAAUGGAUGGUUAACGACCAUCGAGUACAAGGGCAAGGGUUACUUCUCUGGCAAAUCACACACGUUCAAGGCGGUUAUGACUCCUGGCUUCGGUGCCGGCUCGCCCACGCACACUUUUGAGGGCCAAUGGCACACCAACUCGAAGAACGUCAAGACCGGGGAGACUUUCCACGACGUGAGCGCGCCCAAAGAGGAGGUCACUGUCGCGCCGGUGGAUAAGAUGGACGACUUUGAGAGCCGAAAGCUCUGGGGCAAAGUUGCGAAGGGUAUUCGCGAGGGUGAUUACGAAACUGCUAGCAAGGAGAAGAGUAAGAUUGAGAAUGAUCAACGACAGCGGAGGAAGGAUGAAGCUGCAGGCGGCACCACGUGGCCCUUGAAGCACUUCCUGCACGUCGAGAGCGACCCGACGUACGCCGUCUUGGGCCGGUACUUCAAGGCUACACCUGCAACUGAAGACGUUUAUACCUAUCGGAACAACGGGCCUGCGAUGCCACCCGCCUGAGUAUGGCCUAAUGCAUUUUUACCGACUAUUGUACAUUGCUACGCGGGGGCACGCCUUCUAUGUGACAGUAGCUGAUGCAGCAUGUACACACCGAGGAAAUUAUCAAUAUCGUUGGAUGAAUACGAAGCCGUGAAAACUUCCGUGUAGAGGAGCUCCCUAUGGUGUCGCAUUUAGUUACCUGCGUGUCGCUCCAGUAUGUCGUAGUGUCCUGGUCUAUACAGGAGAAUCAAUGGCUCCAUCUCUCCGUCUUCGGCGUAAACGAAAUCUACGAAAUCCGCAACCUGACUGCGACCGUCCAGAUAUACGACGGAUACGUUGGCCUUCAUGGCGCGCGAGAGUGCCGUAACUUGAACGUGAUCCGCCUCCCGCCCGCAUGCUUCGACAAAGUUUUCACAGAAGGGAACGACGCCCAUGGGCUCUUGCGUCUCAGGAUGGAAGAUGAAUGGCUCGUAUGCUUCCGGAUCGAGACGCAUGUGCGCUGACGUCAAAAAUCUGAGAUACACAACCACCGAGUUUGAGACUUCCGGUGACUGGAAGGCUUCCAAGAGCGUUUCGUCAGUGAGUACCGAGCCCCCAGGACUUGGCUGAACGAUCUGUUGAAUAAGUGACGCGAAGACGUCGUAGAAAUCCUCAAAGACCAUCCGCUGAAAGCCGGCAGUCUCCAGCAGAGGGAGGGUGCUCUCCAGAUGGGACACCGCGCUCGCGACAGCCAGUUCACCAUCUGGAGAAUGGAGGAGUCGUUGGAUGUACGCGAACGCCCAGGAGCGGUAGAAGCAGUCUCCGUCGCCGCGCGUUCGUCGCACUCCUUUGAAUCCCUUCUUGACGAGACCAUCAAUUUGAACGACGAACAGCCCGUUUCCGGCUUCGUACUCUUCUCGGAGCACCGAGAUGUCCAUGAUUUUGUCAAUCAGGGGUCUCUCAGGGACUGCGUCUUUCAUCAAAGCAUCAUUCAGCUCAUGGAGCUCGGCCGGUGUCAAGUUCGCAUAUUCUGGAUUCGUGAUUCCUGCUGGGGUUGACAAUGAGCUCUCCGUCAAGGAAGGAAGCUCGCCGCCACCUAAUCUUGGCGCGUGGGGUGGCCCGUCUGUGUUGGACAUCGUCUUGAAGGGUGUAUAUAGUCCGGAUUCAAGAAGCUGAUAUUAUGAUCACGAUGCUAGUGAAGCUCAAGUACAA